AUGCGAAAUCUGCUGACGCUUUCGUUAGUGUCGCUAAUGGCCGCUAUCGGCUUUUUCGUGACGGAUACUGUUACCAUCGGACAGGACGCGAUCGUUAACCUUCCUGUGAAUGUGUUCAGGAAGAUAUCUGGUUCGCAAACGGUGUUCCCGUACGGUGAAUUGUAUCGGAAGGAUUUCUGUGCUACCAAUCGUGUAGCAAAGAAACAUUUUCUAAUGGCUGCCCACUGCUUUGUUACCGAUUGGAGAGUUCAUACAGAAAAGAUAAUAGAUCAAUCGGACACAGAGCCGCAUCAAAUGAUCGAUGAUUCUUCCAGCUCAAGUUUUGAUUCCGGAUUCGAUGAGGAUCUUCCAAUAUCACCGGAUGAGCCUGAGCCAAGCGUUAGAACCUUAUUCGAGGAGCUUCACGAAGUAUCCGAUGAAAUACUGCGCGAUGUUCCAGUUUUCGUUAUUUUCAUCAGAGAUGUCUAUCUCCUCUGUGUGACGAAGAGCAAGCAAAAUUUCUCCCCUCGCACUGACAACUUCAGGACAUGGUGUCUACUAAAACGAGAAACGUGUAUCACUGGAUGCGAUAAUAUGGAUGAAAUCGAUCUGUUAGAACUCGGAAGCUAUACUGAACUGCAAGGAGGAAACAUUGUGUUGCCAUCGGGAUACAGUUCUAUUUUGAAGCCUCUUUGUGAUACAUUGCCGAAUGACAGCAUUGUCCUUUCAUGCCCGGUCAAGACAAUUCACUGGAAACGGAAAAGCCGACCAUCGAAAACCAAUGACCAUACCGAUACAAUCCUCGAAGAGGAUGAAGAUGAUAUUGACUCGGACGAUUCCGACAAAACAGUAACCGAAGUACCAACUGGCGACAACGUCGGUACUAGUGAUACGUGUGAAAUUAGCUUAAAGCACUGUACGUCAAACGUUCAAAUUGUGUGCGAAAAUGGCACGGUUUAUGAAGCGGACCACGUUAUCUGUACUAUCCCGCUAGGGGUGUUGAAGGAGUGCGGUCAGACAAUGUUCCUGCCCAGUCUACCACAAUACAAGCUGGAAUCAAUCGAUUCCCUACUGUACGGAACUGUAGAUAAAAUCAUUCUAGAGUACGAUAGGCCUUUCCUGAAUGCUAAAAUCAGUGAAAUCAUGUUCCUCUGGGAGCAAGUCGAUCCCGAUCCGGACGUCGACCAGGAAGAAUACAUUAAGCUGAAUUGGUUCAAAAAGAUUUAUUCCUUCUCCAAGGUGUCCGACACGCUGCUGCUGGGUUGGAUCUCCGGGAAGGAAGCGGCCUACAUGGAGAGUAUUUCGCACGAAGUGGUAGCCGAAAAGUGUACCGAAAUCCUGCGAAGAUUCCUCAAAGACCCGUUCAUUCCCAAACCAAAGCGAUGUGUGUGUACCAGCUGGAACAAACAGCCGUAUAGUCGUGGUUCGUACACUGCUAUUGCGGUCGGUGCGUCUCAGGACGACAUCGAAAACAUUGCCCAGCCGCUGUAUACUAGUCCACAUCAGGCCAAGGUGAGUUGGGGAAGGAAUGCACAUUUCCUAAAGGCUGACUGAAAGUAACUUGGUACGCACAAAAAGAUCU